AUGUUCAACCAAAUUGAUUCAAAUUUACAAUCUGGAAUUUAUCGGACCAGAAUUGCGUUUCUUGAGGAUCUAAAGCAUACAUGCGAAUAUGUAUCACGAAUAUUUGGUGUGGAUUCGGAAAUAGGUCUCGGUUUUCUUACAAUACAUCAAUUAACAGAUGAAAGAACUGCUCAGGCAAUAUUAUCGCAAACAUUAGAUGAAUACAAGAAGAGGAUUGUUCCUAUUAUUGCAGAAUUAGAACUAAAUAUCGAAAAACUUCCAUCAAACUACGAUGAAUUUGUUAAACUGAUGGUUACUAGAAGAAAAAACGAAAAGCCUAUUAUACAAUUCCAAAAAGAUAACGAGUUUCCAGCUACAGAAAUAAAUCUUACAAGGUUGCAGAAUUUAAUCCUCAAACUUCCAAAUGACUUUGAUGUAGGUGACAUUAUUGAAGUUGUAGUUACAUAUGAAGUAGAUCCUUAUGAAGAUGAAACACGAAAAAGUUUCAAACUUAAUCUCAACAAAUGCCAGCCAGAAAUGCUCAAAUUACUAUGGCAUAAUCUUUUAUCGAAAGGAUACAUUAGUAAUAACUAG